GGGGGCUGAGCUCUCGUUUGCUUUCGUACCGCACACCUGGGUUGGACGCUGGACGCCAUGUUGUGGAAACUGGCAGAUAACGUCAAGUACGAGGAGGACUGCGAGGACCGCCACGAUGGGACCAGCAACGGGAACCCGCGCCUCCCGCACCUUUCGGCGGUCAGCCAGCAUCUGUACAGCCCGGCCCCGCCGCUCUCCCACUCCGGAGCCUCCGACUUCCAGCCUCCUUACUUCCCCCCCCUUACCAGCCGCUGCCUUACUCCCAAUCCAGCGACCCCUACUCGCACCUCGGGGACCCGUUCUCCAUCAACCCGCU